AUUGGGGAAGGCAGCAGAGAAAGUUUGUGCCUCUCGUUACUUCCGACUUGCCGCCCCCAUUCAGUACAAAGCGGCUGGCGAUGUUGGCCGCCGGUGCUCGCGCUUCUCACCAUCUCCGAGAGUGUGACUCUCACUUUGUCUUCGGAUCAACCUCCGGCCUUACCUCCUCCGCCGUCCUUCUCUUUCCUUCGAUAUGGCCUCGCUAUCCCACUUCUAAUUUCCCUUCAAUUUCUCACCGCUCCCAACGACGUCGGGUUUCUUUCUUUUGCUCCAUUGUCCCCUCCACCUCCUCCGACGAAAUCCCUGUUCUCUCCAAUUGCUUUGGUUCACGAGAGGAUGAUCGUGAAGUCUCCGUGGCAGGAGGAAUAGUAGCAUUAGGAAAAUUUGAUGCUCUCCACAUUGGUCAUCGAGAGCUUGCGAUUCAAGCAUCAACGGUUGGAUCUCCAUUUCUAUUGUCAUUUAUUGGAAUUGCUGAAGUACUCGGUUGGGAACCUAGGGCUCCCAUAGUUGCUCAAUGUGAUAGGAAGCGAGUUCUUUCCUCAUGGGCACCAUACUGCCGAAACUCAGCUCCAUCAGAAUAUCAGAUUCAAUUUUCAAGUGUUCGUUAUCUAACUCCACGAGAGUUUGUUGAGAAAUUAACAAAGGAGCUUGGUGUUUGUGGAGUUGUGGCUGGGGAAAGCUAUAGGUUUGGAUAUAAAGCAGCAGGUGAUGCAGCGGAGCUGGUGAAACUGUGUGAGGAAUAUGGGAUAGGUGCUUAUAUUAUAAAAUCUGUGAUGGAUAGAAAUCAAAAAGUUGUUAAUUCUGCCAAUUCAAAGGAGAGAGGACAAGUGUCUUCUACUCGGGUUCGCUAUGCACUUUCCAUAGGAGAUAUGAAGUAUGUCUCUGAGCUUUUAGGCCGCAGACAUCGUCUUAUUUUGAUGGCAAAAGGCCUAGAGGGAUUUAGCAAUAGCAAUAGCAGAGUGUCGGCCCCAAGAUCAUGUUUGCUAAAUUUAGCCCCAAAAGAAGGUCUCUAUAAUAAGUGUUUUGUCUGUACAUCUGACGAGAACCUAAUUCCAUGUCGGGUAGUUAUUGACUCGACUCAUGUUCAAAUAGAAAUGGAUGAUAUAGGUACAAGGCAUCUUGUAGGAACGCAAGACUACAUUAAUGUUGAAUUUGGCGAUGAAGGAGUAUGAUUGUGUUUGAUUCACCUCCCUUUAUUUUCUAGAGACAGGGGCACGAAAAAAAAAAAAAAAAAGAAAGAAAGAAAGAGAGAAUGUCUUGGUCCCUUGGAUACUGGAUUAGAUAUACAUACAUCUGUGAGAUCCAUAAUUUUUCUUGCAAAGAGGUAUGGAGCUUACCUGGUGAUCCGAUUUGAGGGUGUUUCAGCAAUAAUGUUCUAAAUAUAUGCAGACAUGAAACACGGGUUCACGGGUUCACAGGCUGAUGUGGAUAAUGCUUCAUCAUUUACAGCUGGUUCUUGGAAGUUGCCUACUUAUUUUGGGAGGAACAGUUCAGUAGUUUCCUUCAGCUGUCUGACAGAUUCAAAUGACCCAUUUUUUUAAGUAUGUAUUAACUCGAGCACAUUGUUUGCAAGGUAUUAUUAUAUUUAUGUCUCUAUGUACAUUUAUCCGGAAACAAAUAAUUCAGAGGCAUCGUUUUCUGUUGGGAUUGUACAGGAUAUCAAUAAUUUGUUUUGGGACAAAUAGCUUAAUAGAUUUUUCUUUCUUCAACAAUUCAAUGGUUGUUUAGA